GUGGCGGGUAUUUGUUCAGUUUCCGAGUGUCAGGUAGGGACAGAGGUGACGGGACCGAGAAAGCACAAAGGAGUCGUGGUCCCCGCUGCAUAGACGCAGUUCUAAGGCUCGUUGAUGACGCCCGCUUGACCGCGUCAGGGCCGGGACAGGGACCGCGGUGUCCAGCAUCCUCCUCUCCUUCUUGGCUCCGCCCACAGAAUCCCAUGGCGGCGGCCGAGCUGAGGGGGGCGGCUCAGGAUAGUAUGACUUUUGAUGAUGUGGCUGUGUUCUUCUCCUGGGAGGAAUGGGGCCUCCUUGAUGAGGCUCAGAGACGUCUGUACCACGAUGUGAUGCUGGAGAACUUUGCACUUAUAUCCUCGCUGGGUUGCUGCUGUGGAGCAGAGGAUGUAGAGGCACCUUUUGAACACAGCGUUUCUGUCAAAGUGUCCCAGGCCAGCACGUCCAAGGCAGCUCUGUCAUCCCAGAAGACCCACUUCUGUGAGAGUUGUGGUCCAGUCUUGAAAUAUAUAUUUCAUUUGGCUGAGCACGAAGGAGCACCACACAUUCAGAACGUGCCCGGGUGUGUGGUAUGUAUGAAACAAUUCUGUUUUAGUGCAAACCUCCAAAAACACCAGAAGCAGCACCUGGUAGAGAAAUCCUGUAGAAGCAGUGUGGACAGGACCUUGUUUGUGAAGAGCUAUAAAUUCCAUGUUUCAGAGAAACCCUUUACCUGUGCAGAAGUUGGGAAGGACUUCCUGGCCACCUCAGAACAUCUCCAGCAACAGACCACUCAUGCCAGGGAGGAGCCAAACAAAAUCACCCAGUGCUGGGCAACUAUACAAAACAUAAAAAAUCACUUAACCAGGGGAGAAUGUAAGAAAAACUUCAGCCCCAGACACUUACAUAUUCGGGACCAGGAUGUCCACACUGAAAGACAGUGUUUUGUGUGCCUUGAAUGUGGGAAAACAUUCAAGUACAAAUUCUCAUUUGUGGAUCAUCAGAGAGUCCACAUUGGUGAAAGGCUUCAUGCACAUGGCAAGAAUGACAAAUCUUUUAGGCGAACCUCAACCCUCAAUCAACAUCAAAGAAUUCAUACUGGGACAAGGCAGUACAAGUGCAACAAAUGUGGCAAAUUCUUUAACCAAAAAUAUGUACUUAUUUAUCCCUGGAGAAGUCACACUGGAGAAAAUUGUGACUUGUGCCGUGAAUGUGUGCAAUCUUUUAGCCAUAGAUCCAUCCUUAUUCGACAACGGACAGUUCACACUGGAGAAAGGCGUUAUGAGUGCACUCAAUGUGGGAAAUCCUUUAGACGAAAAUUUUACUUAAUUGUACACUGGAGAGUUCACACUGGAGAAGGGCCUCAUGAAUGCAGUGAAUGUGGGAAAUCUUUUACCAGUAGUUCAGUACUUACUUUACACCGGAGAGUACAUACAGGAGAAAGACCUUUUGAGUGCAAUAAAUGUAGGAAGUUUUUUACCAAUAGCUCAAUACUUAUUCUACACCAGAGAGUACACACAGGAAAAAGGCCUUACGAGUGCAGUGAAUGUUGGAAAUCGUUUAGCCAUCAAUCUUAUCUCAUUCAACACCAGAGAGUUCAUAGUGGAAAAAGGUCUUAUGAGUGUAGUAAAUGUGGGAAAUCUUUUACCUCUCGCCCUGGCCUCCGUUAUCAUGAGAGUAUUCACAAUGGAUCAAGGUCUUAUGAGUGUAGUGAAUGUGGGAAAUCUUUUACCUCUCGCCCUGGCCUUCGUUACCAUCUGAGAGUUCACACUGGAAAAAGGCCUUAUAACUGCACUGAAUGUGGGAAAUCAUACAGCCAAAGGUCCAACCUCAUUCAACAUCAGAGAGUUCACACAGGAGAAAGGCCUUAUCACUGUAGUAUAUGUGGGAAGUGUUUUACUUCUAGUUCUGCCUUUCAUUAUCAUAAGAGAGUACAUACUGGAGAAAGGCCUUAUCAGUGCAGUGAAUGUGGGAAAUCUUUUUUAUCUGGUUCCAACCUCAGUAAUCAUCAGAGAGUUCACACAGGAGAAAAACCUUAUGAGUGCAGUGAAUGUGAGAAAUCCUUUAUCCAAAAAUAUCACCUUCUUCUACACCAGAGAGUUCACACUGGAGAAUUGCCUUAUCAGUGCAGUGAAUGUGGGAAAUCUUUUUCAGCUGGUUCCAACCUCAGUAGUCAUCAGAGAGUUCACACAGGAGAAAGACCUUAUGAAUGCAGUGAGUGUGGGAAAUCUUUUAUCCAAAGACAUCACCUUCUUACACACCAGAGAGUUCACACAGGAGAAAGGCCUUAUCAGUGCAGUGAAUGUGGGAGAUCUUUUGCAUCUGGUUUCAACCUCAGAAAUCAUCAGAGAGUUCAUACAGGAGAAAGGCCUUAUGAAUGCAAUGAAUGUGGAAAAUCCUUUAUCCAAAAAUGUUACUUUCUUAUACACCUGAGAGUUCACACAGGAGAAAGGCCUUAUGAGUGCAGUGAAUGCGGGAUGUCUUUUACCACUAGGAGGAAACUUCGUUAUCAUCAGGGCGUUCACACUGGAGAAGGUCCUUAUGAGUGCAGUGAAUGUGGGAAGUAUUUUACCUCUAGUUACGCCCUCCAUGAUCAUCAGAGGGUUCAUACAAGUAAAAGGCCUUAUGAAUGUACUGAAUGUGGGAAGUCCUUUAGAGCAAAUUCUUACCUCAUUGAACACUGGAGAGUUCAUACUGGAGAAAAGCCUUAUCAAUGUAGUGAAUGUGGGAAAUCUUUUUCUUCUGGCUCUGGCCUUCGUUAUCAUCAGAGUGUUCACACCGGGUUGAGGCCUUAUGAGUGUAGUGACUGUGGAAAAUCUUUUCCCAAGAGCUCAGCACUCAUUCGACAUCGGAGAACUCACACAGGAGAAAGGCCUUAUGUGUGCAGUGAAUGUGGGAAAUCCUUUAUCCAAAGACAUCACCUUCUUGUACACCAGCGAGUUCACACAAGAUAGAGGCCUUAUGAUUGCAGUCAAUGUGGAAAAUCCUUUAGGGAUAGUUCCCAGUUCAAUUAACAUGGAAGAGUUCACACUGGAGAAAGGCAUUUUUAGUGCAGUGAAUGUGGGAAAUCCUUUAGCCAUAAAUCUGACCUUUAUUAACACCAGAGACCUCAUACUGGAAAAAGGUUUCAUAAGUGUAGUGAAUGUAGGAAAUCCUUUACUUGUAUCUCUGGACUUCAUUAUUACCUGAGCAUUCACACUAGAUGAAGGACUUAAUGGUGUGGCAAAUGUAAAAAAUCUUUUACCCAUAGCUCAUCACUGUUCCAACAGGAGAAAGGACUUAUGAGUGCAGGGAAGGUGGAAAAUCCUUUUGCCAAAAAAUCCACCUCAUUUUUCUACAUUGAAGAAUUUUCACUGUAGAAAGACCUUAGACGUGCAAUGGAAUGUGCAAUUUUCUUGUUCAGUGUAAGGAUCUAAGAAGAAACCAUAAGCAGCCAUCUGAAUUUGAUCUCAUACAUCCAGUUUUCCACAGUUGGGAGAUUACCCAUAAGGUUUAGUGAGGUGGGAAGCAUGUGUGGCUAUAUUGCAAUUUCUAACUUGCCCAGGACUCUUUCCAGAUUUAUGUCACUGACACUUUCUGUUGUCAAAGCCAUUUUACUUCUACCACAUGGCAGGUCCCCACAGUUUGCAUCUGUCUCCAUUCCAGUGUGCUCAGGGAAGCUGAUCUCUCUUAUGUAUUGGAGGAAAUUAGGAGUAGUCUGAGUCCCUUGGAGUUCACAUUCCUUCUCUUUGACUAGCUUAGGCAGGAACCUGACCCGUUGUUGGCAGAGAGAAUAUGUGAGUUUGGCAGGCAACUUGGAGAGGACAGCAUUAUUCAGGGACAUAUUCUCGCAUGAAUUUUUUUCAGCUUUCAAGUCACCAACCGAAACUCUGCUGCACAUCACUUUGGUUUCUACAAUAUGAAUGCCUUACUGUUUAAGUCUUAUUUCUGUUUACAGUGUGGGAUGUUUUAUUUUGGUUCCACAAGUGUGAUGUGUGAACAAUUUUUAUGGGGAUCUCCAGCUUUGUGUUCUUCAUGGGGGACAGUAUGAUGGCAGAAAAUAGCUCACCAGUUUUUGCCAAAUUUAUAUUCCUGCCAGUGCCCUAGGAAAGACUGCAGGGUUUUCUGGUCCUCAUUGGAAGCCUGGAUGCUAUGAGUUUUAGGAGACUGGGAGAGAUCAGAGUUGACAUUCUCAGGUGCUUCUUGGAGCAACAUGAAUUUUUUUUUUCCCUUGUUCACGGGGGAUAUCUCGGGAUGUUGAAGGGAAUCCCUUCCACAGGUUCUGCAAAAAACUACGUGCUCUGAUGUUCACAAUUUCGUGGGUGAUGAUCACUGGUUAUAAGACCAAAGGGGUUCAGGGAAACCAUAACUGCUACUGAAAGAGCACUUGAUUAUUUGAACGCUGAAGCUGCUUGUAAGCAAAGGUACAACUGCUCUUCGGACUCUGAAACCACCCACAGGGUGGAGAGAGCACGCUUCCUGUCGCCUUCAGAGUUCAAGGAACUACUUACCCAGAAGGCCUCGCGAGGAAUACCGCCUGAGGAACCAAUAACGGGAUGAGGCAUUUCCAGGAGAGCGCAUCACGUCAGGGCGGGGCUUCCGGCCUCUCGGGGAGACCAUUUUUGCUGCUCUGGCGAAGCAGAGUAACUGUACAGGAUUGGGGUCAAGGUUGCUGCUGUGGAGCAGGGGAUGUGGAGGCACCCACUGAACAGAGCAUUUUUGUGGGAGUGUCACAGGCCUGAGGGAGCUCUGACUUCCCAGAAGACCCACCUCUACGAGAUGUGUGGUCCAGUCUUGAGAGACAUCUUCCACUUGGCUGAGCAGCAGGAACACAACACAGCUAGAAACUGUUGAGGUGUGGGGCAUGUACAAAAUGAUUUUAUCUCAGUGCAAACUUUCACCAGCACGAGGAGGACCACAUGGGAGAGACAACCUUCAGGAGCAGUGCACACAGGUCCUUGAUUGUGAAGAGCUACAGAUUCCAUGUGUCACAGAAGCCUUUUACCUAAAGGGAGGUUGGGAAAGACUUCAUAGCCUUGUCAGGACAGCUCCAGCAACAGGCCAAUCACAUCAGAGAGAAGCCAAAUGAAAUGUAUGAGUGUGGGGUGACUUUUCAUAGAAAGAAAAGUUAUUAUGCCUGGGAAAAUGCAAGAAAGCCUUUGAUCCCAAACAUACCCAUGUUCAGAAUCAGGGUAUCCACACUGCAAGAUAGUGCUUUGUGUGCCGUGAAUGUGGAAAAACAUUCAGAUACAAAUCCUCAUUUGUUGUUCACCAAAGAGUCUACACUGGUGAAAGGCUUCACGCAUGUGGUGAGUGUGGCAAAUCUUUUAGGCAAACCUCAGUCCUCAGUCAACACCAAAGAAUUCAUACUGGGGCAAGGCAGUACAAAUGCAGCAAAUGUGGCAAAUUGUUUAACCAAAAAUUUGUCCUCAUUUAUCCUUGGAGAAGUCACACAAGAAAAUUGUGACUUGUGCUAUGAAUGUGUGCAAGUUUUUAGCCGUAGAUCCAUUUUUAUUUGACAACAGACAGUUCACACUGGAGAAAGGCGUUAUGAGUGCACUCAAUGUGGGAAGUCCUUUAGAUGAAAAAUUUAUCUCACUGUACACUGGAGAGUUCACACUGGAGAAAAAGGCCUCACGAAUGCAGUGAAUGUGGAAAAUCUUUUAUCAAUAGCUUGAUACUCAUUCUACACCAGAGUACACACAGGAAAUACGGCCUUUUGAGUGCAGUGAAUGUUGGAAAUCCUUUAGCCAUCAAUUUUACUUCACUGAAAACAUGGAGUUCAUAGUGGAAAAAUGUCUUAUGAGUGUAGUGAAUAUGGGAAAUCUUUCACCCGAAAAAAUUAACUCAUUAUUCAUCAGCGAGGUCACACUGGAUCAAAGCAUUAUGAGUGUAGUGAAUGUGGCAAGUCAUUUGCCUCCAGUUCCAAACUUCAUAAGUAUCAGAGAGUUCACACAGGAGAAAGGCCUUAUUUGUGCAUUGAAUGUGGGGGGGAAAAAUGUCAACUCAUUCAUUGGAGAGGUCACACAGGUGAAAGGCCUUACCAGUGAUUUGAAUGUGGAAAGUCCUUUUCUCAAAAUCGUGACCUCAUUGUACACACAAGAGUUCACACAGGACAGAGGACUUUUGUAUGUAAUGAAUGUACAAAAUCCUUUACCCAGAGAAUUCAACUCAUUAUACACCAGAGUUCACACUGAAGAAAGGCCUUAUGAGUGCAGUGAAUGCAAAAUUUUUUAGCCAGAAAUACAACCUCUCUCAACACCAGUGUGUUCACACUGGAGAUAGACCUUAGAUGUGCAGAUGUUGUACCGUGUUUCCCUGAAAAUAUGAUCUAGCCGGACCAUCAGCUCUAAUACAUCUUUUGGAGCAAAAAUUAAUAUAAGACCUGGUAUUUUAUAUUAUUUGUUAUAUCACAUCACAUUACAUAUA